UUUCAAUCUUUCGAUAAAAAAUUAUAUAUUAAUAUUAUGGAAAAUUGAAUAAAAUAGGAAUAAAUGUAUUAAAAAUAAUAAGUAAAAUAAUAUUUCAAGUUAUUAAAAGUGCCAUUAUUUUUAUUUUUUAUUAUACAUUUAAUUUUUAUAAAAAUAUUUAAUCAUUUUUACUACUGUGCAAAAAUUUAUCAUGCUUAAACUAAAGUGUAAAACAAAAGAACUUAGAUAUAUGCAAACGUUACUUAAAUUGAUGAACUGCAUCAAAAUCUAGUGUGUAACUAGAUAUAUAGUGAAAACGUGUUUGCUGUGUUUGACGUGAGAUAAGUAAAAAAUAUUGGAUAACAAUGGCGGACGAAGAACUACCAGCGGGUUGGGAAAAACGUUUAAGCAGAUCUACUGGACAACAUUAUUAUUUAAAUAUUUAUACUAAGGAAAGUCAAUGGGAUAGGCCAGAUAAACCAGCUGAUCCAUCUGGAAAUAAUAAGGGAGAUGGUCCAGAAGAAGUUCAAUGUUCCCAUUUAUUAGUAAAACAUUCAGGUUCUAGACGACCAUCUUCUUGGCGAGAAGAAAAUAUCACAAGAUCAAAAGAAGAAGCUCUUGAACUUAUCAAAUCUUACAGAGAACAAAUUGUGUCAGGAAAAGCAACAUUUGCAGAACUUGCUUCAAAAUAUAGUGAUUGUAGUUCAGCUAAACGAGGUGGAGACUUGGGACCAUUUAGUCGAGGUGCAAUGCAAAAACCUUUUGAACAAGCAGCAUUUGCUCUCAAAGUUGGUGAAUUAUCUUCACCAGUUCAUACAGAUAGUGGUAUUCAUAUCAUUCAGCGAACAGCAUAAAAUAUACUAAUCUCAUAUAAAAUAUUAGAUACUUUAAAAAAAACUUCUCUCAUUUUUGCUAAUAAAAUAUGUUCACAAAGGUAGGAAAUUUUCAUAAUUGUAUUCAGAAUCACAUAUGUUUAUUUUUUUGAUGAAUAAUUUUUUAAGGGCAAGAUAUAAAUUGUAUAUUCUUUUCAUAAUUCAAUGUCCAAUUAUAUUUAUGUCUUCCAGCAAUUUUAGCCGAAGUAGUAUAUUACAAAAUUUUAAUUUAAUGAUAUAUCAUAUGCAUCUGCAAUGAAAACAAAAUUUUUAAAAAUGAUACAAGAUAAAGAAGAUAAACUUUAUGUAUACCUUUAAGAAUAUUUCCUAUUCUAAUUUAUUAGUUUUACAUUCCUUAAAUGUUAGAUACAUUAGAUUAAUCGUUUUUAUUGGUUUUUAUUGUAAAAUAUAAAGUGUUUUAUAAAAAACAAAUAUUUAAAUUUCUAAUCUUUUCCUUUUCUAAUUUAUUCUAAUUUAGCAUUUGUUUCUUAUAUCAAUCCAAUGCAUUAAUUGAAACAACUCUGGAUAUUUGUUAACAAAUAAGUAUAAAUUAUAUUACAAUCUUUUGUAUUACAGUAAAAAAUUGAAUUUUCAAUUAAAUUGUUAAAUAAAUUUCAAGUAAAAUAAUCAAUUCAACUAAGAUGAAUUUAACAUAAAUAAAAUAUAAAUAUGUAUAAUUACAAAGUUUUUGCUCAAGCACAGAUAAAUAUUCAUAUUUUAAUUUUAACAUUAUUGCAGCUUAUUUUAUAAAUGGAUAUACUACUUUUUAUGACUCAGAAGACAUUUAUAUACAGUUUAGUUCAAGUAUAUUUUUAUUUUUCUUUUUCAUAAAAAUACGUAAUCAUCGUAGAAUAAUUUAAUUUUUGAUGUAUACUUCAAUUUUUAUUUUAAACUAUUUUCUUUAAACUCUAAACAAAAUAGAAAUAUAAAUAUUUCUAGAUUUUGUUAAAUGUUAUAAACGUGUCAUUAUAAAGUAUAUGAUUAUUUAAAAUCAAUUAAUAAUAAAUUUUGGUAAAAAAAUACAUUAUACAUACUACUGUAUUUUAAUAUUUUAAUUUAAACGAUAUAUAAAAGAAACUUGUUUAGAGAUUAUUACUGUUUGCAGCACUCAAGUUUUCUAGUCUUUUAUUCAUACUAAAAAUUUGCUAUAUUUCUAAAAACUAUAAAUAUUAAAUAUUAAAAAGGAAAAUACAUCCUAUUUAUUAUAUUAGACAUAUGUUUUAUUAUAAUAAUUAUUUCUUACUAUUUAGUUUAUAUAUUUAGUUUAAUCUAUAUGUAUAUGUAAAAUAUGUAUGUGUGAAAUAUUUUGUUUCUUAUAGAAGAUUACAUAUAUUACAAAUUAAGAUUAAUUCUAAUAAUACAUAAUGCAAUGCAUUUAUCUAAUUAACAAUUUAGCACAUUUAAAUAAUAUUAAUUAAUAUAUGGAAUUAAGUUUUUUUUAUAUAGAAUUAUUAUAUGAAUAUGUGUAUUUGUACACUGUUUUUAUUAGGGUCGUUACUUAUGGAUAAAAUACUAUUUUCUCAAAACUAAUAGUCAUGAUAAAUGCAUUAUAUUAAUAAAUGUAUUUAAAAAAGAAAUUGCGAAAAGCAAAUAUAUAUAAUAAACAUUA